UUUGUUCAAAUUUUCAACAUGUGGAUCCCACCUACCAAGUGCAUCACAACCUGUGUCCAACGUUCAUAAAGCUAUUCAAUUUCAACCCAUGCUCGAGUAAUUUACGCUCAUUUCCAUCCCAAAGUUACUCCCCUUUUCACCACCCUCCAAACCAUACUUUCUUUCUUUCUUUCUUUCUUUGCUUUCUCUGCUUAAUUUUCUAACUUGUCAAUCAUGCAUCAUCUUCUAACACCAUUCACAAUCUUCAAACUCAUUCUACUAACUCUCCAUCUACAACUACUACAAGCCAUUCCCAUUCACACACUCUCACCCUGCAAAACCUCAUGUGGCACCAUUCCCAUAAACUACCCAUUCUCUUUAGAAGAUGGUUGUGGAGCACCACAGUUCAGAAACAUGUUCAACUGCACAACCACUGAGUUAUUCUUUCAAACUCCUUCUGGUUCUUACAAAGUUCAAUCCAUUGACUACAACAAAAAAUCCAUGGUACUCUACGACCCAUCAAUGUCCACAUGCUCCAUUCUUCAACCUCAUCAUGAUUUUCUCAUGACAGAUAUUCAAUCUGCUAUUAUCCCUCCAUCACAGGACACUGUUUUUGUUCUGUUAAAUUGCUCUAUAGAUUCUCCUGUUCUUAACCAUUACAAAUACCUUUGCUUCAACUUUGAAGGACACACUUGUGAUGAACUUUAUGGUGGCUGCAAUGCUUUUAGGGUAUUUCAUUUGAUGACAAAUAGCUCACCACCCUGUUGUUUCACAAGUUAUAAUACUAUGAAGUUUAUGAGUAUGAACAUUUUGGAUUGUACACAUUAUACUAGUGUGUUUAAUAGUGAUAAAUUGAGAGGUGUUGGUCCUUUGGAUUGGGUUUAUGGGAUUAAACUUUCUUUUAGUGUGCCUGAUACUGGAUGUGAAAGUUGUGGACAAUCUGGUGGGAUUUGUGGGUUUGAUACUGAAACUGAAGCUCUUCUUUGUCUCUGCUCAAGUUUCACUAAUUCAACAAGGGGAUGUGCUGCUGGAACUGGAAGCAUGAUAUCAGAAGGAGUGUACAAUGCUCCUUGGACAAGGCACCAAGUGGUUUUGCUUGUUGUAGUUUUCCUUCACAUGGUGAUAGGGCUACUUUGAGAUCAAUUUUAAGUUUAGUUGUGCUCCACUCCUUUUGUUGGAGGGCAAUGAAGAGAGCUCGUGUAGUUGUAGGUUUUGUGAAUUGAGACUAUUGGACACCGUACCUCUCUAGUGAUAUAAAGUAGCUAGUUCUGUUUUUACAUGUUCACAAUGAGCAUGAUGACAAAUGGACUAAUGUAAUCGUUCAACUAUUACUACAUUUUAGUUUAACAUAACAGAGAAUGACAAUCAUAAUUAUGUUAUAUUGCCGUUCAAGCCAAUUGUUCGAUUUUAUCUCUAUAACAGACUUA